AAGGUACGGUCAUCAUUACUUGUCUAUAGUUUUUAGCGUUAUUUUAUUUCCUAUCGUUCCGCUAUGUCGUUGAGAAACGUCGCCCGAAAGCUGCUGUGGUCGCGCUCACGGAUACUCGGCGCCGGUCACGUCCCGACGCCGCAACAGCAGUCCCGCCGAUCCGUCGGUGCGUACGAGAACGACGGUAAAACGUACGUGUCCAUGUUGAACAACAACAACAUCCGGGAAGGCAUCAUGAUUUCCGGUUACAGCCAGUACGGUUUCCGGUUGAACAACGGGUUCGUGGUGCUCGGCCCGGUCGUGUGCUUCGCCAACUCGAUAAUGGCCUGGCGCGUGGAAGACGACCGGGACGUGAACGUCGACUCGCUGUCGAUGCUGUUCCACCUGGAACCCGCGCCCGCCGUCAUCGUGCUGGGCCUGGGCGACGGUCCGCAGCGGAACCGCCGCGACGACAACCACCGGAAGUUGCAGCUGAACCGGCAGCACAUCGACAAGGUGGUGUGGGCCGCGGCCCGUCAGUACGGGUGCACCGUCGAGAUACUGCCGGUGGACGCGGCGUUGGCCACGUACAACUUUAUCAUCAGCGAGGGACGGCACGCGGUCGGCGCUUUCAUACCGCCGCGGUUCAUACCGGCGAUGGACGACGACGCGAUCACGGCCAACGCGCGUCACGUCCACCUGUACGGAGACAGCGUGCCGGUCACCGACGUGUGGCAGGACGCGGAGGAGCGCAGUGAGAUGAUAAACACCAAUUACCGGGAGUUCGGCGAGGUGGUUGGCGCGCAGAAGGCGGCCGAGCACGAGAGGCGGGCGAAAUUGGCCGGAGACCGGAAGCAGGGCGAGGGAGCCGAGAAAAAGAUCCGGUGAUCUGCGACGAACGCGCGUCUAAUACCCCCGUGCCGCCUUUGUUGUAGUUAUCUAACCGUUGUUAUAAUUGCCCCCGUUUACUGUCGAGACCGGAAUCUGCUGUUAUUCCCGACUACGGAAUUAUUGUUGCUGUAAAAAAUAUACGUAUAAUUUAUUUGUUUGCCCUUCUGCAACUAUAUGUAUAUAUAGAUCGGUAAAUUUUAAAACGA